UUGUAGCUAGAGAGAUCACACUCAGAAUCAUAUACUUAUUCGAAGGAAUUGGGCUGAGAAUUGUAGUUUACACAAGGUCUAAGAUUAAUAUGAAGACUGCUUUUAUUUUUGCAUGUGUAGCAGUCUUGACAGUUGUUGGGGUUUGUCAGGCUGGCGAUUUGAGGAAGAACUUCUACAGGAUCUCUUGCCCUGCAGCUGAGGGCACCGUCAAAAAUAUUACUGAAAGACAUGUUGCAAGCAACCCCAACUUACCUGCAAAGUUACUGAGAAUGCAUUUUCAUGACUGCUUCGUAAGGGGUUGCGAUGCCUCCGUUUUAAUAAACUCGACAGCGAAUAGCACAGCGGAGAAGGAUGCAAUUCCAAAUCUAUCUUUGGCAGGCUUCGAUGUCAUUGAUGAGAUCAAAACGGAGCUAGAGAACAAAUGUGCAGGAAAAGUAUCCUGUGCUGACAUUUUGGCCUUGGCUACCAGGGAUGCUGUCUCAGUCCAGUUCAAAAAACCAAUGUGGAAAGUGCUUACUGGUAGAAGAGAUGGUAAGGUGUCAGUAGCUUCGGAGGCCCUGGCAAACAUUCCCUCUCCAUUCUUAAACUUUUCCAGCCUCGUUCAAAGUUUCAAGAACAAGGGUCUAACUCUUCAUGAUCUCAUUGUACUAUCAGGGGCACAUACCAUUGGUGAUGGCCACUGCAACCUGUUCAGCAACCGUCUCUACAACUUCACAGGAAAAGGAGACCAGGAUCCUUCUUUGAACUCAACAUACGCUGCUUUCUUAAAGACCAAAUGCCAAAGUCUUAGCGACACAACCACCACAGUAGAGAUGGACCCUGGCAGCUCUCAGAAUUUCGAUUCUUCUUACUUUGUUAUCCUUAAACAGCAAAAGGGUCUCUUCCAAUCUGAUGCAGCCCUUCUAACAGACAAACAAUCGAACAAAAUUGUUGGAGAGUUGCUUAAAUCAACUGAUUUUCUCAAAGAAUUCUCCCAGUCAAUGAAAAGAAUGGGAGCAAUUGGGGUUCUUACGGGCAACUCAGGGGAGAUCAGAAAGAAGUGCGGCGUUAUCAAUUCCUGAAGCCAUCUUCUUUUUGUUUAGUUUGUGUUUUUCAUGUUCUAGCACUACUUUUGAUUUUGGCAUUAAUUAAUAAGCUUGUCGCUUAAUGAGUCAUAAUCAUCCUUCUAUUUGUCA